AUGUCAUCUGGUGGAAACAGACGUCUACUGACUGAAAUAACCAAACUUAAAGCAUUAUCUACGAAUCCUGAUCCAUCAUCUGCCAGAUUUCUUCUUGAUAAAUCUCCUAUCGACGAUCCAUCGGGAGCUGCAAGAGGAGGCGCCGGUAAUUCAUCGCAAAAUAUUAUUCUCGGCCGGAUUUUACCAACAUCAAGUAUUUACAGUCAGGCUGCUUAUCAAGUUGAAAUUAAAUUACCGCCUGAAUUUCCAUUUAAACCACCUGAAGUUCGUUUUAUUACAAGUAUAUAUCAUCCAAAUGUUGAUGACCAAGGUAAAAUAUGCGUUGAUCUACUUAAUUCAAAUGAAACAUGGAAACCAACAACACCAUUAGUUGAUGUUAUCAAAGCUGUUGUUGAACUUAUUGAUAAUCCUAAAAUUGAUCAUGCACUCAAUGCUGAUAUUGCAAACGAAUACACAUCAAACAAACCUGAAUUCGAUCGAAAAGCUGCAGCUAUGGUAAAAAAACAUGGCUUACCACGAAGUUAA